AUGGCGGCAAGCUCGAGCGGGCUGCAGCUGACAGCAGGCAUCAGCCUGGGUCCUUUUGCGCUGGGCGAUACACUCUGGGAUGUUCUCGGCCUGCUCCGUUCCGAACGACUCGCCUUUCCUACCGUGCGCGUCGUCCAUGGCGAGCAGAAGCCAUCUGUCUCGCCGAUUGUGCUCAUACUGAGCAAGCCACCCUUACGACUCGUCUUUCCGGGCUCGACACAACGGUUAUCGCUCAUUGAGGUCGAAGCGCCGGGUGAUCAUGUCAUCUACAGAGCCAAAACGCUCCGUACAGAGCGAGCACAAAGUCCCACCUCAGCCAGAGAACGUCUGUACGCUACCCGACGCAGCCUGUCGCGUCUAUUCGGACCGACCUACGCGCCUGUACCCCAUCCUGGCUACCCGAACGAGCAGCUCGUCGCUUACCCGGGAGCAAUGUUUGGCUAUGCCACGCCUUCCGACGGCUCACACGAGACCGUGGAAGAACCGCUGACGAGACUGAUCGUCACUUGGCCUUCGUUGACUCAGACGACGCCAACGGUCGGAUUGACACGCGUUAUGAACGAAGCCAUCUACUUGCCAAUCGCCAAGCCCAGCCCAGCAGAAGAUGAUGAUCGUCAUCUGAAUGGAUUGAAAAGCGUUGAUGUGCUGCUCAGCCCAAAGGCAGGCUGCUCAGCCAUCAAGCUGCGAUGCUUCUCCGACUCGCCACGAGAUAUCGUCAUUCGGCUGAACGAGACGACAAGCGAGGACCUUUUCUGCGACCUCGGACCACCGCUACGGCAGUUCUACAAGGAGGAUGAUCGUCUGACGAUACACUCGCAACAUACAGUCAGCGAAACAGGCAGCAACCCAUGCUUCUACUCCUACUUCAACCUCGGCAUCGAAUUCCUCGUCAGUCCGGACAAUCUCGUCAUCAAGAUCAUCCUUCACAGCAACCUACCGGGACAAGUCCUUUUCGGCAGCUUUGCGCGAGCAAACUGGAUUCUCCGACGGGAAGAUGCUUCAGAGGACGAGACGGGCAUCAAUGGAGACGAGAUGCCUGCCAUUCGCACGACAAUUGCAUCGUGGGGCUUGUCUAAUGAGCCCAUGCAACCCAUGCAGCUUGAUCGAGCGGCAGAUGCACUCGAUCUGACGCUCAAAGCACCCACCCGACUCGUUGGCUACCCGAAUUGCGUCUUCGAAGUCACCGAUUCGAAGACAGUCGAGACUUUGUGGUUGUUCUGA